AUGUCCUUUAUCGCACGCUCUUCGCUCUUUGCCCAGACGACCCGUCGCGCCUUCAGCACCUCCGCUACCAAGAUGUCCAACUACAACGUCCAGUCGAUCCUGUCCCAGUCGCCGGCCACGUUGCCCGACUUGCCCUACGCCUACGAUGCGUUGCAGCCUUUGUGAGCAACCCGCAACGACCGAGUGCAUGCAUGCAUGAAGGCAGCAGAGCAGCACACUGAAUGAACACACGAGUUCGACCACACAGCAUCUCCAAGACGAUCAUGGAGUUGCACCACCGCAAGGUAAGCGCUCCCUCCUUCCGCUUGACUCGAGUGGGGCUGGGGCUGCACCUGUGCGAUCCAUGCUCGAUGCGUGCUCCGUCCCACCUCAGCUCACCACUCGCGCGGCCCGGCGCGCUGCCGCACCUCGGCCUCUGCGUGGCUCUCACACAGCUGCUGACCCAGUUGAUUCAUUCUGACCGCACAGCACCAGUUAGUCUACAUCGGCCUAGAACACGCCCCUCUGGCCCCCCCGCGUUGGCCUACAGAGGGCGAUCUGGCAUCGCGUCUCAUGGCGUGCGCUCCCACUGACGCCAUCGCACCCGUCUGUCUACUGCCGCCCCACCGCUCCACCCCGAACUUGACCAACCAGUCAAACCUACGUGACCAACCUCAACAAGGUCAGUCCAGUCAAUCACACACCCCCAGAUCCCAGAUCCGCGCCAUCGAACCGGCGCUGACGGAUGAUAUCCCCGCUUGCUUGCCCGUAUCUCCGUCCGACGCCACGAUGGCGAUUACGUAAACCGGAAACUUUCCCCUCCCCUCCUCCACCAACUCUCACCGACCAGGCCGUGGAGGACUACGCUUCCGCCGUCUCGUCCAAGGACAUCAAGAAGCAGAUCCAGCUCCAGUCGGCCAUCAAGUUCAACGGAGGUGGUGAGUACCCCACUGGUCUUUUGCGCUCACCGACACCCCCUGUGUUCCACUGAUCACGAAACUCCCGAUCACGAUCUUGCAGGUCACAUCAACCACGUCAGUGUAGAGACAUGCACGUCCAAGCACACACGAGCCUUGCAGCUAACUCCGAGCCGUGAUACCCACCACAGACCUUGUUCUGGGAGAACCUCGCGCCCGUGAAGGAGUCGCAGUUCCCCGAGUCGGGCCCCCUCGCCGAUGCCGUCAAGGCCUCGUUCGGCUCGCUCGACAACCUCAAGAAGGAGGUCAACGCCGCCGCUUUGGGCAUCCAAGGCUCCGGCUGGGCCUGGCUGGGCUACAACGCGUCGACCAAGUCGCUCGAGGCGGUCGCGACCGCUAACCAGGACCCCUUGUUGGGCUACACGGCCUUGCUCGGCAUCGACCUGUGGGAGCACGCCUUCUACCUCGACUACAAGAACGUCAAGCCCAGUUACCUCGAGGCGAUCUGGAAGGUGAUCAACUGGAAGACCGUCGAGGCUCGCUUGACCGCUUCCGGCGCCAAGCUUUGA